AUGGAGUCAGUUGGAACGGCGCUAAAUACAGUCCCCGUCCUCUGCCUGGAGAAUAUAGAUUUCCCUGCCCCACCUCUGGAAGAAAGAAACAGAACUAUUAGCUCCGAGCGUUACUUCCUGUCUGCUAAUGAGUACAGCCAGGAACUGAAACAGAUCGAUGCAGACCAGCUCACGCUGUAUAGCGUUGGUGCGAUCAGCCAACAAUCAUAA